AAAGUUUACAAAAAUACAGAUACAGUACCAAGAAUUCCAUUAUCAGACAAGUUUCAAAGUGUUCCAGUCUUCAUGGCAGAACAAUCAGAAAGUAACAAACACAGUUUGCCGAAAUUGCCCAACACUGAGUCAUCCAUCAUUGCUGAUUUGCUUACCACAAUUGAUUCUGCAACAGUAGAGGCACUAGAGGACUCCUCAACACCUUGGCCUUCAGUUAGGAAUAGUGUAACUAAUAAGACAGAACAAAUGGAUGAAACUUCAGCAUUCGUUAGACAGAAAUCUCAGUCAAUCAGUACAGGCACUGAGAGAGAAAAUGUUGUCGAAACUGUCACUGCUAGCAUCACAAAAAAUGUGAACAUGUCUUCAACAUUACCCUUUCAACCCACCAACCAAACAUUUACUCCUCCAAAUGUCAGGCAAAGUACUGGAAAACAAGAGAAGAAUAAUACAUUGUGGGACUCUGUCUUGUUGAAGUACAAAAGUGAAACUGUUCCAGAGCUAAUAGAGCUGUUUCCUGAUACUUUACUACGUCAAAAACAAGCAACAGCUGCACUCUCCCAAACAGUGAGACCUAGUCAUUCCCACUCAAUGGAAUCACUAUCCACCUUAGACAUUUCUAUAGGGUCAGUAAACCAUAAUAUUAAUGGAGGGCAUAAUACAAUGAAUACGACAAACUCAACUGCUUCACCUAUGAAUUCACUUCAAGAAAAAUCUCAGAUGAAGAGCCCAUUAUUUACUGAAGCAAGGAACUAUGUGGCUGACCAUGUACAAGAAUAUUUUAAGGAUUCAAAAAUUACUACUGAAGACGUAAAGAAUAUAACGGCAUCUCUUUUGAAAAAUAUUACUACUACAGAAAAUUCACACCUUUCUGAAAAUGGCAGUGGGGUGACACAAGAACUGAAAAUGAGUCAGGUGUUGAAAGAAUUGAAAAACUUGCAUUCAAGCCAUGGCCAAGCUUCAGAAAAGAGUAAUGUGGAGGAAGUAGUCACAGGAAGAUGGAAAGCAAGGCCUACCAUUCAAACACACACAAAAUUUUCUUCUCAAGGAUAUGACUAUACAAGAAAACAGCCAGAAAACAUUGCUGCUAGUAAUGAAUCUGUUACAAAAAGUAACCAUGAAAUGCAGAGUCAGCUGAGUGAAACACCUGCACUAGAGAGAAGUGAUGGCAUAACUCCCAUAAUCCUUCCAGAAACUGAACUUGCAUCAAGAAGUAAAUUGAGCAAAACAUUUACAAACAGAAGACAGCCUAAGAUGCACAACUAUGGCUUUCAAGUCCAAGAACAAGAUGACAACGUGAAAAUUAUUCGACAAGAUACACCUCAAAAUUUAACAAAUAAUUUAUUUUCUGCUUCCUCAACAACUCGUACAAGAAACAGAAACAAUGAGACAGAAAUAUUUUCAGACAUAUCAAGCAGAACUACACUUACUGCAUCACCUACUUCACUUUACAGCACUUCAUCAACAUUAUUGCAAAAAGAUUACAAAGUGAGUUCAGGAGUGAAGUCUGCUCCAGACCUCUCAGCUACAGGUACUUAUGAAACAGAUUUAAGACCAGACAGCAAUGUUAGAAAUACUGUCGUCAACAUAAAUUACACAAUCAGCAAAGUUUCAACCAAAUUUAGUAACUCUAAUGGGAAUAAUGAGUAUGUUGAAAUAAGAAACAAUUCAGCAACCAAAUUCCCGAACAAUUAUAUCACUUACCAGACAAGUGUUGAACAUAAUGGGGAUUCAGAAAAGGAACCUUAUAAUUAUUAUGAUCGAAUAAUUAAUACAACUAAUGAAGAACAAAGAAUUGUAAAUGAAAUUAGUAAAUUUGCUACAGUUCAUAUGACUGGAUCAGACAAAAAGGGACAUGUAAGCAAAUCUACUACAGCAACUAAAGUAACAACCACAAUACAACCCAUCACACAAGACCCUCAGUCAGCACAAAUUAUUGCAAGCUCUAGUGACAGAGGCAACCAACCUCUUUUUUCUAUGUUGACGAAGACAUUUAACAAGGUGUCAACAGAUGGGAGCUACCAGCAGAAUUCAAUGGCUGCUUCGACAAUAGUCAAUGUGAAAACUGAAGUUAACACUAGUGAGACAGCUUGUCCCAGAAACUACAGCUUCCAAUGUGGGGAUGGAGAGUGUAUCUCUCAAAUGUCUCGCUGCAAUCAGCUCGUUGACUGCAGUGAUGGAGCUGAUGAAAAGCAAUGUACUUGUGCUGAUUACUUAAAAACACAAUUUUCCACUCGAAAAUUGUGUGAUGGAGUUGUUGACUGCUGGGAUUUCACAGACGAGAUCAAUUGUGAAUGGUGUAGACUGGGGCAGUUUGUAUGUCCUAACUCUCAGGUUUGUGUGGAUCAGGAAAAGCUUUGUGAUGGAGCAACAGACUGUCCAUUUGGUGAUGAUGAGAAACGGUGUGUCACUGUCUCCAAAUCAACUAGAGAAGCUGACAACUUCACAUACCAAUCUGAAGGUUUCCUUAUGGUGAGGAAAAGAGGGCAGUGGGGUAAGCUUUGCUUGCAUAAUUUUGAAAAGAUUCUCGCAAAAUCUCAGUCGUCUUGGAAAAUAACAGAUCUGGGAAGAGCUGUGUGCAAAGCAAUGACGUACAGUGAUUUUGACACUGUUGAACACCAGACAGAAAUAAUUAAAAAUGUUGAUGAAGUGGAUGAUGAUCACUAUUUUGAGAUCACGUUUGCACCUCCGAACAGCACUGAAUACACACAGAAAUCUGUAUUGUCAUUCCAGCCUUCUGAGUGCCCCCAGCAGGAAUUGCUGCAUGUAACAUGCAAGGAUUUGGAAUGUGGAAUACGUCCACAAGCUGUAAACCAGUGGGCUAGGUCUCGACAUUCCAGGAUUGUUGGAGGCGGCAAUGCUGGACCUGGUUCUUGGCCAUGGCAGGCAGCACUCUACAAGGAGGGAGAAUUUCAAUGUGGAGCCACACUUAUAUCAGAGUACUGGCUUAUUUCAGCUGGACAUUGCUUUUACCAUGCACUUGACGACUUCUGGGUUGCUCGACUUGGUGCUUUGAGAAGAGGAACAAGUUUUCCAUCACCAUAUGAGCAGCAAAUGCCAAUAACCGAUAUAAUAUUGCAUCCAAAUUACAUUGACAAUGGCUUUAUCAAUGACAUAACACUGCUGCGUAUGCAGGGUCCUGUAGCAUUCAGUGAUUAUGUGCGACCUAUAUGCUUGCCAAAGCCCGACUCAGUUCUCAAAGAUGGCCGACUAUGCACAGUCAUAGGGUGGGGGCAAUUGUUUGAAGAUGGCCGAAUAUUCCCUGAUACACUGCAGGAGGUACAGCUUCCUAUAAUAACAACAGCAGAGUGCAGGAAAAGAACAGUGCUUCUCCCACUUUACAGAGUUACAGAAAACAUGUUUUGUGCUGGAUUUGAUAGAGGUGGAAGAGAUGCCUGCCUUGGUGAUUCAGGUGGUCCUCUGAUGUGUCAGGAACCAGAUGGUCGCUGGACAUUGUAUGGAGUAACAAGUAAUGGCUAUGGCUGUGCAAGAGCAAAUCGUCCUGGAGUUUAUACAAAGGUAUCAAAUUACAUGCCAUGGAUAACACAAUCCAUGAACCAAAAUGAACGAACUCCGAAGAAACCUGAACCUUUCUGCAGGGGACAUAGGUGCCCCCUUGGGGAAUGUUUGCCAAAAAGCAGAGUCUGUAAUGGUUUCAUGGAAUGCAGUGAUGGAAGUGAUGAAAAAGGAUGUUGGUGAUCUGCUAUAGUACUGUCUUCAGCAUGAAUCCCACAGAGUUUGCCAGAUGUGAUGCAUAAGCAGUAGAUUGAAGUAAUGUGCUGACACCAGUGGUAGUUUCCGCCCACCAGAAUUUUAAUUCUGAAGAUGGCCUAAUCUGGUUGAAAUGAUAGGUACAAUUAAAAUGUGAUCUAGGCUGUGUUUUGUUCAUAAAAAAAUAUAACUAUUUAUUUUUGUGACAAAUGGCUGUAUUUUAAUCAGCUGUACAGCUCUGUUCAACAGAGCAGUUUCCUAGUGAGAUUAUUUUUGUAAGAUUAUUGUUCUGUGCAUAAACUGUAAAUAAUACUGUUAAUACUAUUGCAUGACUCAGAAAUCAACAGUGAACAUUCUGAGAGCAAAAAACUUAUUUUCUGUGAAAAUGUUCUUUAAGAUAAUAGGACAGUCUAAACAGUUAAACUGUUGAUACUGUACAAAAAGACAAAUGCAUAUAAUGUGAUUUUAUUGUAUUAUAAAUUUUUGUAGCUUGCUUGUGUGAAUCCUGUAUAUUCAUUGUGGAGAUUGUCCAGAACAUUCAAUAAUAUGGCGCAAUUUGUUUCCUGUCAUU